AGCAUUCUAGAUAACAGGUCCAAUACCUGUAUUACAAAUACCCUACCUUACAUUGUUUUUUUUUAUCUUGCUAAUCAUUGUUGUGCAAAUAUAACCACAUCUAUUUAUACCAGCACUGAAACCUGCUGAGAAAAGCAAAGUAUAUUCUGUUCUGUCUACUGACUUUCUCCAAUGUACAAGCUAAUUUUGUGGGAUGUGUUUUAAAAGGAAUCUUGGCAACCCAUAAAGUGCUUCAUGCUUAUCACACGGCUCUAUGGUGUCACUUCGUUACCUUAUGUUACUCUCCUGAGGUAGGAGCUAAGUUGAUUGGCUGGAAGCCUAGCAAGCUCUCGUACAUAUACUGGUGCCUGACGUGGUUGAGUUCAGUUAGAGCUCAGAGCUGGGAGUGGAACUGAAUAUUCUCUGGCUACAGCAGCUGUUCAUUUCACACUGCCUGGUGUUUUGGAAAGAGCGUGAAUAUUGAUCAGUUACAGGAUAUUAACUGGAAUUGCAGAACUGACUUGGAGAUAUAACCAACCGGACAGAUGUGGCUCUUUGAAAAACUCAAGACAGCAGAUACACAAGGUCUGGAGUUGCAACUGACCACAAGAGAGGUCAUUGCAUUAAGGAGGCAAGGUCCGCUAAGUUGUCCCAAUGUCCUCACGCCGGACCGAAUUCCUGAAUUUUGCAUCCCUCCUCGAUUUCCAUCCCAAAGAGCCCUUAAAAUGAGAUCAUUCCAUAGGUCUGUUCCUGAUCUUUCUGGGACAGCUUUUGACAUAGGAGUACUAACCCCCCCAGAGACACACAUUAUUCAAGUGGACAGUGCAGAAGAUUCACUAGAGGAGGAAAGCACUAAUGCUGACCCACAAUCCCAAGCUGCGCUGUCACUCCCACAUCUUCCAAAAAUGCAGACUUCAUAUGGAUUCUGCACCUUGCUCGAAAGCCCCAAUACCAGAAGGAAAGAAUCUCUGUUUCACAAUGACCCUGCCAGUUUUCCCAUUCUUCUUCCUAGAUCCCGUUCCAACACCACCUCCUCUCCUAGCAGCUUCUCCCUCAGGCUGCAUCCCCUCAGCCGAUCUGGUACCUUGGACAGCGACACAUCAUCUUCUACAGACUCUUCCCCUUUUAACUCACCUCUGUUGCAGAGGUCUCUCCCAAGGGGCAGCUCUUUGCUAAAAGCAAUAAGUCAGGACAAGCUUUUCUCCCGGGCUUUCAAGGGGAAGGCAAAGUUGGAGUUGUCCAGAAAUAACUCACUGUCUACAGAUGAAGGAAGCUCCACUGACAGUAGUCCCAGCAUGGCACGAAGAGUUUCUGAUGGGAUGAUGGAUUCCAUAUUUCCCAUGGAUCUUUUGUGUUCAAGAGACAGAUUUGUGGGAGACAAUGCUGUUUUCCUUGACAGUGGAGGCUCCCUCCGUAUGUCUGCAGAAUACUGCCCCACAGCUCAGAGACUGCGAGUCCGCCUCAUUAGUGCUGAAGGACUUUAUCAAUCAACUGCUGACCCUAAAACCAUCAACUGCUUUGUGACUCUGUCUAUCACUCCUGGAAAGCAGCAGAAACAGCGGAGCACUGUUAUUAGGAGAAGCCGGAAUCCUAUUUUCAAUGAGGACUUUUUUUUUGAGAACCUUUCAGAAACACAGCUCCGCUGCCACAGUUUAAAACUUAAGGCAAUUAACAAGAUGUUUGGUAUGAAGAGGGACUGGGUUUUGGGACAAAGUGAGCUUCCUUUGCUCAGUAUCCUAUGCUUCUGAAUACUACUGUAGGUUGCUGGAAGUAUGCUGAAAAAGAAGAACAAAAUGACUGUAUAUUUACAGAUAACUUAUGAAAAGUCAAAAUAUUGGCAACCCUUAUUUUUUGUAAUAGUGUGUUCAUGGGUUAUGAUUUAAGCACCACAGACAUAUAAAAGCACUACGUCUAGGCCAAUUUAUCUUUAAAGAUACUUUCCUUUUAGUGUCCUUUUACCACUGGACCAUACAAGCUUUAUAUAUUAACUUAAAACCAGACUCAAUAUUGGCAAGAAUAUAAAAAUGUAUUCAUAUUAAGUGUGGCCUGAAGCUAAUUUGUGAAACUCACAUAUUAAGGGAAAAGGGUGGCCCAGAUGUUUUUGACUAAACCUCUGAGCAACCCUAUGAGAGGGGGAUUAUGCAAGUUUUAACAUUUAAGGGCUGGCAAAUACCUGUCUUAACCCAGUCCCUUCAGAAAACCUAAUUUAUCAAACAUUAAAGGCUAUGAUUUACAGACCCACUUAAGAUAUAUUCUUACAGAUCUCUUAGCUCCUUUAAUUACAGACACUAAAAAAGACUAAAUCCUUUGAGGUUUUAGGAUCUCAGUGUUCGUUCCAUGAUGCUUUUGCUGCCUAACCCCCUGCAUCCUGAUAUGAGAGAUAUGAAAUAGAGUUGACAAUCUUUCAUUGGGACUUUGUGGUGGUUCUGAAUCUCAUUGUUUUAAAUUUCUAAAACACCCAAGUUCAGGACUGAGCAACAGUAGUGAUAGCUUACCUCUGCAGAACAUCUGAGUUCACUUGAGGUAUAACUGCAAAUCUCUAAAUAAGCAGCAUUAAAAAGCUGUACAUUGGAAUAUUCUCCUGAGACUGUAACAAUAGUAUUUUGUGACACUUUCCCUAAAUAUUGCUGCCUGCAAACUGUGCUUUAUGUUAUUCAAUGUACUUAUUGCUAUGUAAUUAUACUUAUAUUUAAUUAUAUAUGGAAUAUUUUGUAUACAUUCUAAAUAUAUAUUUUUGUAUUUUUUAUAAUAAAUAUGUGCACAUAA